AUGACAGGACCCGGUGAUUCUGAUAUUUUCGGGGACGAUGCCCACGAACAACGAGUUGAAGAUAUCGAACAUGCGCCAGAAAGGACGAACACCUUCCUGCCUCAGCGCAGAUAUCUAACGGCCGCAGAGCGAGCACGACGCAACUUGAAUGCUAAACUCGCCAAUCCACUGGCAGGUUAUAGUCACGAGGAGCUGCGCAGUCAAGGAAUCAAAUUCGCUAUAGAACACCAUAUGGGCGACGAAACCGACAUUCGCGCUUUUGAGUUAGGCGCCCUUUUGGCCCAGGAGCCUGAAAAGUUCGAUUCCUUCAGAAACUUGCUAACGGAAGAAGAAUUCGAGAUUUUACAUCUCGAGUUCACUCAUCGUUGGUCGCAACCCUGGUCAAUGUAUUUGGUUAUCGCCUUGUGCUCUCUCUCAGCAGCGGUGCAAGGAAUGGAUGAAACGGUUGUCAAUGGGGCUCAGAUCUUCUACAAGACGCAAUUCGGCAUUGACGAUGAAACCUCACGGUCUCGCUGGCUGCUCGGGCUGGUGAACGCCGCACCAUAUCUGUGCUGCGCCGUCCUUGGUUGCUGGCUGGCAGUCCCUUUCAACGCUUGGUUUGGUCGCCGCGGGACCAUCUUCAUUACAUGCUGUAUCUCCGCCAUCGCUUGCCUGUGGCAAGGGUUCGUCAACACUUGGUCAUUUAAGGAGGGAGAUUUGGUAGCAUGGCUGUCGGUCGGAGAGGAGGCCAUGGUGGGGAGGGAAACCAAAUCUGCAACUGUUCCCAUCUAUGCGGCCAAGACUGCUCCUCCAGCCAUUUGUGGUGUGUUGGUGAUGCAGUGGCAGAUGUGGACUGCGUUUAGCAUCAUGUUGGGCUAUGCAGCGGACCUUGCUUUCUUUGAGGUCCUAGAUCCUCCAAACAUUGUCGGGCUCAAUUGGCGCCUCAUGAUGGCCUCUGCCAUGUUCCCAGCUAUCGUGGUUUGCUUUUUUGUAUUUUCCUGUCCGGAGUCACCGCGUUGGUACAUGUCCCAAAACCGCUAUUACAAGAUGUCCCAUUCGGGCUGGUCGUAG